AUGUUCUUUACAUAUGUUCAAUGUGACUAUGAUUCAAAUACGGAAGAACCAUUGGAUGAAGAUGAAACACCAAAACCUGUUUCACAUAGGAAACACCCAGUUUUAAGAAAAGUAUUUUUAAGUGCACCAUCAUGGAUGCAUAUACCAUUUUCUAUUGUUGGAGCGGCAUUAACAUACGUUGCCUACCAUUUCUAUGGUUAA